UUAUUCCUGUUCAUUUCAGUCGAAAUUAUAGAAAAGAAAUGUCCAGGAGACGAAACUUUUAAUAGUCAAGACGGACUACAAGCCAAAUGUUGUUCCUUCAAUACUUUAGCUGGGAUUGUAACCUGCUCGUGCUGUAGUGAAGACAUGAUGGUCAUAUGCCAAAAAAAUGUGCCAAUCGAUUUAGGAACAGUUCAGAAUUACAGAGUUGUGAAUGCCACUUACGAUUCUUUGUGGAUUAAAUGGGAACCACCGAAAACUUCUUGGAAGAUAAAAUCCUAUUCUGUAACUUGGACUCCACAAAAGUGGAAUGGAAGAUCGAAAGAUAAAGGAAAUUCCACGUUAUUCGAUGUAGAAUAUAAAAUAACAAAAUUAAAGCCCGAAAGAACCUACGUGGUAUCCGUGGCACCAUUUGUAAUUGAGAGUCUUACUGGAAAUUACGAGGAAGUUACUUCAACAACUUUAGAAGAUACUCGCAGCCCUUUGCAGUUCGAGAUCAACGAAGACGGAGAAAUGACUAUUGUAAGUCCCAAAUUUAUGGAUAAAGAAGGCACUCCAAUAAACAUCACUUUAUACGAAAUCGGAGACACGGGGAAAGAGAUACCAGUUGAAAAAGUCAUCGGUAAACCCAGCGGAACCUCUAUAACGGGGCUUAAACCAGGGGCAAAUUAUACCAUUAAAGUGAACGUUAACAACGAAGACGAAGACGAGCCUUUCAACCACACAACGAAUUUUAUCGCCUAUCCCACGUGUAAACCGGAGCAGAUACAAAAAGAUUUAGAUUGUUUUUGGAUUCCGGAAGAGAAGAAACCGUGGAGAGAUGCCAUUUCUCUAUGUCGCCAGUCGGGUGGAGGUCUAGUGGAUCCUUCUUUAAACAAUAAUCCACGUGUUAAAUCAUUAUUUAAUUCUCAAAAAUCCAGUAUUUGGACCGACAUGAGAAAAUCCAGCCUGUCAAAAGAAGGUGAUCAAUUAGCAUCUAACUGUUCGGAUUCUAAUGAGGAUGCACUGUGCUGUUCCUACGAUGUAUAUCCAAAUGGAACGACAGGAAAUGUCGAGUGUACAUGUUGUACUGAAGAAAAAUCAUUUGUUUGUAAAACAUCAAGAAACUUGAAUCUUGGAUCCGUUCGUAAUCUUCGAGUUUCUGACAAGUUAGAAAAUUCGAUAAUAAUUCAAUGGGACCCACCAGAAAAGUCGUGGAAGCAGUUAUCGUAUCUGGUUACGUGGACGAAAAGCAACAAGAAGAGAGAAACAAAUGAUAUGAUAGUCAAUACCGAAAAGGCUACAGUUGAGGGAUUAAAACCGAACACCAAAUACAUCGUAGGUGUAUCACCUCACAUCAAUGGAGUUUCUUCCGGAAAAUCGGUAGAAGUUGACGUUUCUACAGCUGCAUUAAAUUUAGGAGAGGUUCAGGAUUUGAAAGUGGUUAACGUCACGGAAACGUCAUUAACCAUCCGUUGGAACCCCCCGACAAGAACCUGGAAUAAUUUAGCAUAUUUAGUGACGUGGAGCGACAAAACAAGUUCUAGAAAGCGAAGAGAAACGAAAGAAAAGGUCGUAACAAAAAACGAAGUGACUGUAUCACCUCUAAAGUCCAACACCUCUUACAAAGUCGGUGUAACACCUUACGUCGACAACACAGCAGCUGGCAACACAAAAGAAAUAUCUGUAACUACAACGUCUCGUAAGUUGGCAUUUUAAAACAUCGUUUAACACGAGAAUUUUCUGAAAGAUAUAUAUACUGUAUAUACACUCGCAGCUUUGUAUAACGGCCUUAAAUAGUAACUUGUCAAUAGACUAAUCGAUUAAUCUGAAGAAUGCAAAAGGUCCAGGCCCGUGUUUAAAUUGAUUUAUGUAUUUGCGUGUAAUGUUUAUAAAUUUAUCAAUCAAAUAACGAUUAAAGUCAAAAUUCUUUUAAAGAGGGGGAAAACUAUAAUUUACGUAAAAUUACAGUAUUUUCUCCCCCUUUAAAGAGAUUAUAAAUUGAUUGAUCUUGAAGAAAAGCCUAAUUUAAAUCAAACUGUAGAUCUUUUAAAAGAAGAUUAUAAUGAAAUCUUUCAGAAUAAACAGUUUUUAGUUAUUUAAAUGGCUUGUAAUUGUGUUAAAGAUCAUUAUUUUCUUAAUUUUUCAACACGAAAUUAAGCUGGAAUUUUAAAUUAGAAAAGAAAUUUACUUUGUUUCGUUCCAUUACUUUAAAGCCAUUCUAUAAUAUUCUACAUUCAGUUAAUGCUGUUUUGAUAAGUAUUUAUAUCUCUUAUCUUAAAAUUCCAGAUGUUUAUUUUGUAUAUUUCGUUACGAUUUUUGUUUCUUUUGUAUAUUUUUUUUAGCUAAUUUUAACUUUAUUCUUUCAUUUCCAUAUUAUUUUUUUAUAAGUAGCAGAAACACGUGGAUGAAAUAGGCAUUUUAAUCGUUUUAAUUUCAUCCAAGUGCUUUUGUUAUAUUUUUAAAUGUGAAUUUCGUGUGCAUUUCGGUAAUAAAAAUGUGGAAAAACGAUUCUCUUUCUCACGAAAUAGAAAAUCUUAUAACAGAUGGCGCCACACGCAAUUUUAAAUUUUUUUGCCGGGAAAGUUA